GUGAUUGAUGCCUGUCAGAAGGGUGAGCUGGGGCCAGGGCUGCAGUUCCUGAGCUUCUGCUGCCACAGCGUGGACGUGCUGUCCUGCGUCCUGCAACUGCUGAAACAGGGCUAUGUCCGGCGCCAGGAGGAGAGGCCUCAUGUCUUGGAAUACAUCUCUGCUGAGCCCACAACACCUCUUGGGGGCCAGGCACAGAUGGUUUUCCAGAGCAAGCCACCAGAAGCAUCUCUGGAUGAGGACAGCAUAGACUGCCUGUAUCGGUUGAAUCCUGGCAUAGGCAGGUCGGAGGAGUUUCUUAUGGCAAUGCUGCAGAUGCCAAUGGGGCACACACUUAGUCCAGAAGAGGCGAAGCUGCUCAUGAACCAGACAGUACAGCAGGUCCAGGAUACUCUGAGCAUCCCGGAUGAUGUUGCUCAGCACCUCCUGAUGCACUGCAGGUGGAAUGUGGAUUUCCUGAUCCAGUGCUAUGUGGAGAACCGUGAGACCCUGCUCAUCUCCUCGGGGCUGCAAGUGCAAGAUGCCCAGCCCCCCCCGAGCCCAGGAACCCACUGCCCAGUUUGUGUGAACCAGCUGUGUCCUACCGAGACGCCACCAACCCUCUGCUGUAUGCACUACUGCUGCAAGCCCUGUUGGAGUGAGUACCUCACGACUCGCAUUGAACAGAACAUGGUUGUCAACUGCACCUGUCCCAUAUCUGAGUGCCGCGCACAGCCAACUACAGCCUUCAUUUGUUCCAUCGUUUCCUCCGAGGAGAUUAUAGCCAAGUAUGAAAAAGCUCUCCUCAGAGGCUAUGUUGAGUGUUGCUCCAACCUGACAUGGUGCACCAACCCUCAGGGCUGUGAUCAGAUCCUCCUUAAGGAUGGACUUGGUUAUGGGGCAGCCUGUUCCAAGUGCUCCUGGAUAUCCUGCUUCAACUGCAACUUCCCAGAGGCCCAUUAUCCUGCCAGCUGCAGCCACAUGUCUCAGUGGGUGGAUGACGAUGGGUACUAUGAAGGAAUGACAAGUGAAGCCCAAAGCAAACAUCUGGCUAAGCUCAUUUCGAAGCACUGCCCAAGCUGCCAGGCUCAGAUAGAGAAAAAUGAGGGGUGCCUGCAUAUGACAUGUGCAAAGUGUAAUCAUGGCUUCUGUUGGCGUUGCCUCAAGCCCUGGAGGCCGACUCAUAAGGAUUAUUACAACUGCUCUGUUAUGGUGAGUAAAGCAGCUUGGCAGGAGAAGCGUUUUCAGGAUUACAAUGAGAGAUGCACCUUUCAUCAUCACGCAAGGGAAUUUGCCAUGAGCCUGAGGAACAGGGUUUCUUCCAUCAGUGAGAUGCCAAAAAUUAGGACUUUGACCUUUGUUCUUGAUGCCUGCAAAGUGCUAGAACAGGCACGGAAGGUGCUGGCCUACUCCUGUGUGUACAGCUACUAUAACCAGGACACUGAGAGCAUGGAUAUUGUGGAACAGCAGACCGAGAGCCUAGAGCUGCACACUAAUGCUCUGCAGAUCCUUCUGGAGGAAACCCUGCUGCAGUACCAGGACCUGGCCGCUUCUCUUCAGCUCCUGAAAGCAGAGCAUUUCAGUGCUGGUUUGGAGUUGGUACACCAGAUCAAGAAGCGUCUCUUUGCAAUUCUCUGGCACUCCACACAGGAUUUCCAUGUUGGGCUCCAGACUUUGGCAGAUCCUGGUCAGAGAAAGGUGAAACUCUCAAAUGUGCCUACUUCAGCCCCUGCCUGUAUAGGGGCAAAACGUACCAUCUUGUGCGACUCCCCCAACACAGAUGAAGGUGGCGAAGAGGUUGAAGAUGAGGAGUAUGAACCACAGUGGCAGGAAGACUAUGAUGACGAUGACGACCUUGAUGAAGACAACUUUCUGUUAGGUGAUGAGUCAGAUAACCUUGAUUGUGAUUCCUACUUUGAUGAUGAUGAUGCCUAUGACUAG